UUAGAAAUUUGGCGCGAACGCUUCCAUUACAUAUCAGUGUAACUCCCCAGUGUCUUGCAGUUUAAUUUGUGCUGUUGUUGUAUCUUGUAUUUGUAAGAUGCUAAGUGAAGGAGCAAUUCAGGACAUUUUAUCUAAACCUGCAGAACAGCAUCCUCAGAAGCCUGUUUUUCAAAUUUUGGGAAUUAAAAAAAUCCAAACAAAAGGAAAUGAUGGAGCCGGAAAUGACAGAUACAGGCUUGUGCUCUCUGAUGGAAUCAAUCUUUAUACAUCUGCCAUGCUUGGCACUCAACUCAAUGACUUAGUAACAUCAAAUCAGAUUGAUGCCAAGGCUGUUGUUCAACUGGAUAAGUAUGUCUGUAACACCAUUCAAGAAACAAGGAAAGUCUUGAUAGUUUUGGAGGUCACAGUAAUUAAACCUGGAAGUGAAGUGCCUGGAAGGAUUGGAGAUCCCAAGAACAUAAAUGAAAAUUCUAGCAGUGGUCGCCAACCACAACGGAAUGGUACAGGUGCUUCGCAUUGUAUGUCAGGCAGUAUGAUGAUGAGUGGUGGACCAGUUGGUGGAGCCUCCAGAGGUGCAGGACUAGCUUCUGCAACGUAUGGAAGUCACCAGCCACAAGUUUCCAAAGGUGAUAGCACAAGACCUGUUCAUCCAAUCAUGUCACUGACCCCAUAUCAGAACAGGUGGACCAUUCGUGCCCGUGUGACUAGCAAGUCAAACAUACGUACCUGGAGCAACUCCAAAGGAGAGGGGCGUGUCUUCAAUGUUGACCUAGUGGAUGAGUCGGGAGAAAUCAGAGCUACUGGAUUUAAUGAUGCUGUGGACAAGUUCUACGAAUUGCUUGAGGUUAACAAGGUGUUUUAUAUCUCCAAAUGCUCCUUACGGACUGCAAACAAGCAAUACUCAUCCCUGAAGAAUGACUAUGAGAUGUACCUGAACAAUGACAGUAUUAUUGAGCUGUGCAGUGACCCUUGCAACUUGCCAACCAUUCAAUACAACUUUGUCCAGAUUGGUGACUUGGGAAAUUUUAAUGCAGAUUCACUAGUUGAUGUUCUUGGUAUUGUAAUUAGCUGUGAUGAUGUCACUCAGAUAACCACUAGGACAACUAACAGACAGGUUUCUAAGAGGGACAUAACUCUGUUAGACAGAUCUGAAAAGAGUGUCAGAGCAACUCUGUGGGGAGAUGAUGCUGAGAAAUUUGAUGAGCAUGUUGGAAAGAAUCCUGUUCUUGCAUUAAAAGGAGCAAGGGUCUCAGAAUUUGGUGGUCGUUCUCUGUCAAUCUUAAACUCAACCAACAUGAGGGUAAAUCCUAUGGAGGUCAAGGAGGCAUACAAUUUGCGUGGAUGGUAUGACAAUGUUGGUAAAAAUUCAAAUAUCGAGUCUCUUUCUGGACAGAGAUCUGAAGGAGGAGCUAUGGGUUCAAAUUAUAUGACCUUCCUUCAAAUUAAAGAUGAAAACCUUGGUAUGGGAGAGAAGGCGGAUUAUGUCACUGUUAAAGCCACUGUUGUGUAUAUCAAGAAGGACAAUUGUAUGUACAAGGCUUGUCCCUCUGCAGAAUGUAACAAGAAGGUUAUCGAAGAAGGAGAUGGUGCUUAUCGUUGUGAGAAGUGUAACAAGACUUAUCCUGACUUCAAGUAUCGCCUUAUGUUACUGACAAACCUGGCCGAUUUUACUGGUAACCAGUGGGUGACAUGUUUCCAGGAAACAGCCCAAGUUCUUCUCAACACUACUGCUGAUAACCUUGGUCAGCUGAAAGACUCGGGAGAUGAACAAGGAUUUGAUCAGAUCUUCUUACAUUCAAACUUCAAAACGUACACCUUCAGGAUUCGAGCAAAAAUGGAGACGUACAAUGAUGAGACCCGCCUCAAAUGUACCUCCGUGAAUGUGGCACCAUUGGAUUACAAGCAAGAAUCCAAACGUCUGAUUGCCGAGAUAAAGAAGCUGAGGAUGCUUUAGAAUACUGCAUCAGCAAUGGGGACUCAUUUUCAUUUGUGUUUACUGCGUUAGAGUUUGCUUUACAGCCGUUCAUUACUAGUAAUGGUAGUCGUUACUUUCUUAUGUAAAUGUCGGAGAUGAGCAUUGAUUCACCGUCAAACGAUUAUAGCGAAAACAGAGCACUUGAAAACGAAGGCGAAAGUACAAAGCACUCAGAGUUAAAAAAAAAAAAGAGAGAAAAAAAAACCUAAGCGCCCUAAACUUUAAAGUAUAGCAUACUUACCCUCUGAAAACAAUAAACAGGAUUCUUGUUCUUGAAAUAAUAGCUAUGUAAUUUCUUUGCAACGUUUACUACGAUCCCCCACCCCUCCCCAUGAGUGUGUAUGGGAUUAGACCCUGCAGAGUUACGGUACUCGGUAGUGACGUGAGAGCCAAAUAUAACAUACGCGUCAAAACCGACUUCUGGGUGAACUGAGUAGUGAACAUAUCUGUAUAUCCGAUCAUCGGAUAUACAGGGUCUAGUUCCGGUUAGCUUGAGGUAUCAUCCAUAGGACCUUUUUUAACUUGUAUCUUUAUAAAGGAACUCCAUGUUGAUAAUUCACCAAAGGGAGAAGUAAAAUUUGUUAUUACAAAUCAUCCCCGUGUCGCGUUCUCUUUGCGUUAACAUCCAUCUCGCGCGCUAUCCGCCAUUUACCUCGGGAAGGUUUUUUUUUCACUCUUUGCUGACUUGAUCCUUUUCUGAAGCAAUUAUGUCUCUAUUUUACGCAGAAUAUGCCUAAUAUCAUUCGCUCACAAGGUUUCUUAUCACUCCAACGUGUUUAUAAAUUGCACCUUGAAUUUGGAACUCGGCUACAAGAAUUAUACUCUUAUCACCCUGAAACGAUUAUAAAAUAUUUUGUAACUAAUCUUAAUAAACACAAACACAGCAUCAGGGGCGGGCACCUCGUUUAUUGAUGCAGGAUACAGCGAGCGUUACAUCAUCAUAAAGAAAAUACAGCAGUGAAUAAACAGA